AUUCAAUAUGGUACAAGUCAAAGUAACAGAAGGGAUCCUGGAAGGUGAAUUAGUGAAUAAUGAUUUGGCAGGAAACUUCUAUAGUUUCAAAGGGAUUCCCUAUGCAACUCCUCCGCUUGGUGACUUGAGAUUUAAGGCACCUCAUCCACCAAAGCCUUGGCAAGGCGUGCGGAAUGCAUUUAACCAUGGUCCACAAUGUCCUCAGCAUAAUGUUAUAACAAAACAAGUUGAACCCGGUAGUGAAGAUUGUUUAUAUCUAAAUGUGUACACACCUGUAAUAAAUACCUCUGUGCUUUUACCAGUUAUGAUUUGGAUUCACGGUGGAUCUUUCUGCUGUGGUAAUGGAAACGAUGAUGUGUAUGGCCCUGAAUUUCUAAUAAGACAUGGAGUUAUUCUCGUUACACUUAACUAUCGGCUUGAAGUUCUUGGUUUUCUAUGUUUAGACACUGAGGAUGUUCCUGGAAAUGCAGGAGUUAAAGAUCAAGUAGCUGCUAUGAGAUGGGUCAAGAAAAAUAUUUCAGUUUUCGGUGGAGAUCCGAAUAAUAUUACCAUUUUUGGUCAAAGUUCCGGUGGAGCAUGCAUUACAUAUCACUGUGUAUCGCCAAUGACAAAAGGACUCUUUAAAAGAGCUAUAGCUGAGAGCGGCACAAUGUUGAACUGGUGGGCCCACUCAUAUAAACCACGUGAUAGAGCAAUUGCUCUAGCAAGAAAGUUAGGAUGUACAUCAGAAGAUGACAAAGAAUUAUAUGAAUUUUUCAAGAAACAACCGUGGGAGAAUCUCGUUGGGAUCCAAGUUCCACUUACAUGGAAGGAAAAAGAGGUGGCAAUAAACUUAAUAGAGUUUUCAGUUGUCAGUGAAAAACAUUUUCCAAAUGAGGAACUAUUUUUCACCGGGGAUGUAAUCGAAGCUUUAAAAAAUAAUAUACACAAGGGAAUAGAGUUAAUAGUUGGUUUCAACGAAGAUGACGGAUUUAUAAGUUUUGCACUUUCUCAUGACAUCGAAAGGACAAUCGAAUUGGCUAAUAAUGACGAAAGUUAUUUCACACCUAUAGCCUUUGGGCGAUGUUAUACAAAAGAUGAAUUGAUAGAUGUCGGGAAUAAGAUUAAGGAAAAAUAUACUCGAGGUGAAAAAAUUAGCAAGCAAAAUUUGACUCCAUUAGCAAAUUUUUACUCAAUGGAGGCAUAUAAAUUUGAAAUAAUGCAAUUUGCAAAAUAUUUUUCAGUGUGCAAUAAAACUUAUGUUUAUGAAUUUUCAUGCAUGUCUGAAAGAAACUUCUUUGCCAAACUUUUCGGGGUUUCACAUUAUUUUGCGAGAAAUAUUGUGUGUCACAAUGAUGAUAUUGCAUACCUUUUUCCCAUCAAAAGUGUUAGCCAAAAGAUAUCAAAGACAUCAAAUACUUACAAUCUGAUUUACAGAAUGACAAGUCUUUGGACAAAUUUUGCUAAGAAUGGAAACCCGACACCCGACAUCAAACUUGGCUGUAAUUGGCGACCAUUUAACGCUAAAACGCAAUCCUGCUUGAAUAUUGGCAAUGAAAUGGUCAGAAGUGUGGCACCUUAUAAAGAAGAAAUGGAGUUUUGGGAGCAACUUUACGUUAAAUACUUCCCAAAUAAAUUGUAUAGACCAGUUAAAUAAGAAUGUGUAUGUUUGUUUAAUCAAUGCUAAGCUGCAAAACCGUAUAGCGUGUUUCUGUGGAAACAUUGAAACAAAAAGGUAUUAAUACCAAGAAACCGCUUGUAAAAAAAAGGUUUACAGAUGAAUACAAAACAAUAUGUAGACCAAUUAAAUUAGGAUUGUACUCUUAUCAUGAAACAUCUCCAACACUAUAGAUUUGGGCAAUAAAAUAGCCUGUCAACGUAUGUAUGCGCGAGAGUCGGAAACUCACUCUUGCCAAUUUCGAGUUGUAGGCACUUAUGUGACAGGAUUUCGACCCGGAAAGAAAAAGGAGGAGGGAGGGAUGGUUGAG